AUGAUAACCCCGAGCUCAUCAGUGGCUACAACUACUGCAAAACCGGUUGUUUUGCCACCGUCAUCAUCGUUUACAUCAGCAGCAGCACAUACAACAAGCGAGGAUGGUUCUCAGUCUGUGUCACCUACCACACUAUCGCAGGUAAAGCUAUAAUCUUAAAUUUCAUUAUUUCGUUUUAUCAAAAGGGCGUAGCUAGCGGGUCCUGGGGUGCCUGUGACUCCCCCUUUAUGAGAUAAUUGUUUUAUGUCCCUAUAAUACAGGUAAUGAAAACGUGUGAAUCCAAAGAAUCAACAUCCAAUAAAUCUUUUCCUGCUAUUUUAUAGCCUUGUCCCUCUCCCACGCUCACUGCUCAUACCCUGAAAAAUGUCACUUUAAGUAAACGACGAUAGACUUUCUCAAAGUCCUUCCCUUCUCGUUUCUGCUUCCGGUAACUACCUCACACUUUGCGCUCGAGAAACAUUUUGAGCUCUACUUGUGGGCAAGUCUAUAAAACACGGGGUAGAUGUCGACAUGCCAAUCAAGUAAGUACCCUGGGUGUGAAACAGUGUGCACCCCCGUCCCCCUUUGAAAAAUCCUAGCCACGCCCAUGUAUCAUGUUUUUGUAUAAACAACUCAUGGAAGACAAGACCUCAAAUGAAGGCUGGAGUUGGUCAGGCAAAAUAAUAGAGAGUUAAAGCAGCAACGUUUUUAUGCGACGCACGUCAACCGGAAGUGGACAUGUUACACUCUUGAGCCGUGAUUUUGGACAAAUUUUUUUUGCAAAUCGUCUCUAUAAGAGCAAAGAAACUUAGUAAUACAAACUUGGUAGCUUCAAAGUAUUUUAAAAGAGAAAAAGGCUCACUUCCGGUUGACGUGUGUCGCUCAAAAACGUCGUUGCUUAAAUUCCCAAGUAAUAUAAAAGGGUUCUCUUGAAGGGGAAACAGGGCAUGGGUGCCCACCUGGGGAACACCGAUGACACGCGCAAGAGCAUUUCCUUCCCCACAAUGUGGCCGAGGUUUAAGUCCCGGCAUCGACGCCAUAUGUGGGUUGAGUUUGUUGACGGUUCUCUCCCUUCCGCCGAGAGGUUUUUCAGCGGGCACUUUGGUUUUUCCCUCUCCUUAAAAACCAGAUUUUCCGAUCUGGAAAGUGUCUCUAGCAAGUUUUAGCAAUAAUAAUGUGCUUCGUCAGUUACCCUCGGCAGUAUUUUAUAGCAGUGACGCUAGUGAGGCUGAGCAAGUGCCUGAAACAAAUAAUUCAAAUGAAAAUCAACGGGGUUAAGAAUCCGCCCAACUGGCCGGAGGCAAUCCAGUUGGCUAUUUACAAGCGUGGUCGAGGAUUUGAUCUCGGGAUUACCGUGAACAAAUCAUGACAAAUCCAGCUGGCGGUCAGGGCAGGACUUUACUCGGGGCCCCCGAAUCGCAAGUCCAGCGCUCUAACCGCUCGGCCAUGCAACCUCCUUAGUGGGAUCACUUAGAGGGUCAUAGAUUUAUCAAAAGGUUGGUUUAUCACUUCUUGAUGUUUUCAAGUGUCACCCUUCCUAAAUAACGUUAUUUGUUACCUUUUUCGGUCUUUAGACGCGGUUUGGCCGUCCAUAUUCUAUAAAUUUAGUCUUAGGAAUAUUAUUAAACCAACAACACCAUCUCUAUUUCACAGACCAUUCAAGGCACCAAAGUUCUAUCGAACACUACGCCGAGCUCUUCGGUGAAAAUAAGUGUCACGACGAAGGCCGAAAUUUCUCCAUCUGCCCAUUCUCCGGGGAGAAACACGUCAAAGUCUGUUACCCAGCAACAGCAUAACGACCAUAACUCAUCAAUCGGAGGAACCACAAGCCACAUUUCGCCCCCCCGUCAGAGUGAUUCCCUCAUAAGCAGUGCUUCGUUAGGAGUGAGCAGUCAACCUGGUCCUUCCUCAGUAAGCCUAACAUUAACAGCGAGUUCGAGUGUUCAUCAAGACCCUAGUUCAACUGUUGCUGCCACAACUAUGAGCUCUGCACCCACAACUCAGGCUCUGAUACCUUCAACUUCACGUACGUUUGCGUUUUUACCUCACGGUUUUUGGGGGGCUUUGAUCUACAUUUGCAGUUAAUUUUUAGUAUCAAUGAUCGGUUUCCAAAGCAAAUCAUCACUUGUAGCAUGCUCACAACAACCUUUAUUUUCUUUAUAAAGAUCGUCGAGCGCGCGUAUAAAAACAAAAACGGCGGGAGAUUUAUACACCGCACCGCUCUCUCGGGUUUGUUCGCGCUCUGUUGAAUUGUCGAAAAAAGAAAAAUGUCUGUGGCCAGCUUGAAUCACUUGUUCCUAGACCAAAAUUAUAUGAAUUCCCUCUUCCGAGAUUUCCAUGCCCUAUUCGAAACUAGACUGCUCAACAACCACAGCCUUCACAGCAGAAAAAAACGUAUCUCUUACAUAUUAGCGUACCCCCUCCUAAAAUCAUGAUCCACAUAUUUUUCAUAAAAUGUUGUUCUUCUUUUUCGGCGUCAUUUAACUGUACGGAAUUAACCGUUUUUGAGAAAGAUUGCAGUGACACUUGUUCUAAUGUGGGUGGUCAGGUUGAAGCAACUGAGUGGUGUCCCUCUUACUCUACAGUUCCCGCCAAUCGCAUAUCGAAGCGAACCAAAAAGGUUAACUGCAAAGAAUAUUGUUCAGCUAAACUAGCAGAACUGGACGAUUUAGAUAAAUAUUGCUAAGCUACAUUUAGCUUUUGUGAAUCUAUAGAAACAGCUGUGUUGACGUCCAUCCCUCCGUUCUAACCUCAAAAAUAACAUUAGUCGUCGAUGUUAAUUUCUAGGGGCGUUCCUUCAAAAAUUCGCAGAUUUAGUGCGGAAGCUCUUCGGAAAUCUACAGAAUUCUUGUAAAAUCCAGACAUAUUUCGAAGUCUUCGGGUCAGCUCUCCGAAGCUGACUCGUCCCCAGUCAUCUCUGCUGAAGCUCUUCCUAGUGGCGCGCAUCACCCCCUCCUACCGUCGAGCGCAUAACGAGUCAGCCUCCGAAGAGUUAAAGAUACCUCCAGUCAACUUUGGAUAUGUCACUUUGACAAUUAUAGAUAGCGAUCUAAAAGUUAAUAGCUUCUUUUAACGAUGGCAGGCUCACUUUAUCGCAACACAGGUGAUGAAGCUAAAUCAUUGUGUUUUACCCCCUCUUCCCGACCUUCCAGUGGGAAGAGGGGGGGGGGGUACUUGGGUUAAUGUUUGCUGGGUAUGUGCCGCUGGCCUCUCAGAGCCCCUACCCCAUUAUAGUCUAUUUUUGGACCAAUCAUUGACCCCAUCUUAGUCACGUUUUAGAAAAUGUAAUUUUCGCUAUCUCAACUUAGUCACUUUCUAUUUAUGCAUCUCCUUUAUCAAGAACGGAAUGAAAUGCGGUCACUGCGAGCUUAUUGUUAAAUUUAAUAAACUACAACUUUCUGAUUUUUUUAACCGAGAAUCUUCCCAUUUUGAAUCCCUACUUACCCCCAAAAUCCAAAAAUUUGCGACCCCAUUCUAGUAACUCUAUUGAAAAUGCGACCUCAUUAGUCACCUCAGUCGUGAAAAUGCGACCCCAUCCAACGGCACAUCCCCAUUAGCCUAUUGCAAGGGAGUACCCCCCCGGGUCCCCGAUGUAGUACCACUGUUUUCGUUUUCAGCCUGACUUGCAGCACAGGCAGCAAAGUAGCAAUUGUGACGAAAUGUCUCUUUUGCUUGUAUUCACAGGCACAGCAGCUUUCAGAAGCCUUCUCUCGACUGUUAUUGUUGGCAUCCUCCUUUUUAUGUAA